AUGGCCCCACUCUUACUCUACUGGGAUUUCUACUCGUCCUACCUCAAGUGCUCCCUCAACCUCGCCCUCGCCCGACUCUACACACCCCAGAACCCUCCCCAGCGCGAUCUCACGGGCCAAACCGCCAUUGUAACCGGAGCAAACAGCGGCAUUGGACUAUGCAUCGCCGUCCGCCUAGCCCGACAAGGCGCAACCGUCUACCUCGCCUGCCGCAACCAAGCAAAAGGCGAUGAAGCCGUCGCCCACAUAAAAUCCCAACUGGGCUCUUCCUCGGGCAAAACCGCAAACAUCUUCUGCUGGACCCUCGACGUAAGCGACAUGUCCAGCGUCCGCGCCUUCUGCUCCCGCUGGCGCACCCAAGCCACCCCCAUCGACAUCCUCAUCCACAACGCCGGCAUCCCCGACGUCCCUUCAUCCCAGCGCCGGUACACCGAAACCGGCCUCGAUGUCAUCUACGUCACCAACCUGCUCGGCUCCUUCCUCAUGACGUCCCUCUUGGAGCCCUUGCUCAGUCCCACCUCACGCACGGUUUUCACCAGCAGCGUGAGUUCCUAUCUCGCUACCGACACUGUUUUACUGGCGCGUCCCCCGCGGCCAGACCACUCGAAACGGAGCGUUCUAGUGCGGACUUGGCAUCGUGUCCGCGCUGCCUUGGGGCUGCGGGAUAGCGCGGCGCUGGUGUAUGGACAGACGAAGGCGCAUCAGAUCUUGCUUGCUAGCCUGUUGCAAAACCACCUCGAUGCUUCGUACCCGGACAACAGGCGCACGGUGCAUGCCUUCUCCCCCGGGUUCACGCAAAGUCCCAUCUUCACGAAAUUCGACAUGACGUGGCGCACGUUGCUGUACGAUCCGGCGUUUUCGUUCUUGUACUACAGUGAGACGGUUGUGGCGACGGAGACGGAUGAGGGGGCCAAGACGGGGGCGUGGCUUGCGGCUUGUGGAGGAGAAAGUGGCGUCGAGGGCGGGAAGUACUGGGAGGGGAUGAAGAGCGAGGUUAGUGUGAUUGAGUAUUGGAGGGGGAGACUGGGGGAGGACAAGUUUAAAGAGGUUGCGAGGGGGAUUUGGAAGGUGUGGGAGGAGGAUGCGGGGUGUGAGUGGGAUAUCAAGUUUUAG